UUGAUAUUCAAAGUUUUAACAAAGUCCAAAGUAAACAAUACCGUGUUAUUUGUUACAGGAUUAAAUGCCGUGAAGAUAGUGAAAUUAUCCGUACCGGAGAUAAUACAGUACGGGGUGCAAGACUCUGUGAUUCUGGACUGUGAUUACACUUAUGGCAACAAUACAUCGGGAUUGGUGUUAAAAUGGUUCUUCAAGAACAACGCCCGGCCCGUAUAUCAGUGGAUUGCAACGCAGAAACCACAGGAUAUAGGUAUAUUACGGGGUCGAGUCGACUUGACUUAUCGAGCGUCGAACGAUCCAUUAAAAAUGCAUAGAGCGUUGCGUAUAGUGAAACUGAAUACGGACAUUUCGGGUAACUAUACGUGUGUCGUAUCCACAUUUAUGGAAGAAGAUUCGAGAACAAAACAAAUGAUUGUUUUUGGUCCCUCAUUAAUUGAUCGGGAAUUACCGGAGACGAAUUUUCGUUUGAUCCAGAACAAAACCGAUGACGACACAGUAAAUGUCAUCUGUGUGGCGGAUGGAGCCUUCCCUGCGCCAAACCUUACUCUUGCCACACCAAAAAGGCGAUUGGAUGGUGUUUCUCACAGUCUGAAACUCGUGAACGGAAGAUAUUCUGCCGUCGCGAUUGUUACGCUCCAGGACGCUGAUCUACCUUCACCGUCUGAGUUUAUAUGCACUUUACGGGUACCCCUUGCAAAUUAUGCAGUACGAAAAGAAGCUAUAUACUAUCCAGGACCUAUAAGCACUACUCCAGAGACGCCGACCGCUGCUGAUAUGCAGUUUGCAGCUGCGGUGGGGUCAAAAGGUAUUUUACUCAUUUCACGGAAGAUGAAGAUUACAACACCUCUGCAUAUUUAG